CUUUCCUAGCAAAGAAACCGGCUUCGGCUUCUUUAAAAUCCCCGACGACUCACCUGACUAGCCUGCCUGCGGUUCUGAGCUGACCAGGAUUUGCUGACAUUUGGGCUGUUUCAUUGCCAGAGGAGGCUUUGUGUGUCCGAAAGGAAGCUUCUCUGCAGAAUGUCAAGCAAAGAUCGACACAUUGAUUCUAGCUGUUCGUCGUACAUCAAGACGGAACCGUCGAGCCCUGCCUCUCUGACGGACAGCAUCAACCACCACAGCCCCGGUGGCUCCUCAGACGCCAGCGGGAGCUACAGUUCCACCAUGAAUGGACAUCAGAACGGGCUGGACUCACCUCCCCUCUACCCUUCAGCCACAGGGCUUGGAGGCAACGGGCCGGUCAGGAAACGGUAUGACGACUGCUCCAGUACCAUCGCUGAAGAUUCACAGACCAAGUGUGAAUAUAUGCUGAACUCGAUGCCCAAAAGACUGUGUUUGGUGUGUGGUGACAUUGCAUCAGGGUACCACUAUGGAGUGGCUUCCUGUGAAGCUUGCAAGGCUUUCUUCAAGAGGACAAUUCAAGGUAACAUAGAGUACAGCUGCCCAGCAACGAAUGAAUGUGAAAUCACAAAGCGCAGACGCAAGUCCUGCCAAGCCUGCCGCUUCAUGAAGUGUCUAAAAGUUGGCAUGCUGAAAGAAGGUGUCCGCCUAGACAGAGUACGUGGAGGUCGCCAGAAGUACAAGCGCAGAAUAGAUGCAGAGAAUAGCCCAUACCUGAACCCUCAGCUAGUUCAGCCAGCAAAAAAGCCAUAUAACAAGAUUGUCUCCCAUUUGCUGGUGGCUGAACCAGAGAAGAUCUAUGCUAUGCCUGACCCCACUGUUCCAGACAGUGACAUCAAAGCACUUACCACUCUUUGUGACCUGGCAGACAGAGAACUGGUGGUGAUCAUUGGAUGGGCUAAGCAUAUUCCAGGAUUCUCCACUUUGUCUCUAGCUGACCAGAUGAGCCUUCUGCAGAGUGCUUGGAUGGAGAUUUUGAUUCUUGGUGUUGUAUACCGGUCACUUUCUUUCGAGGAUGAGCUUGUAUAUGCUGAAGAUUAUAUUAUGGAUGAAGACCAGUCCAAAUUGGCAGGCCUUCUUGACCUUAACAAUGCCAUACUGCAGCUGGUGAAGAAAUACAAGAGCAUGAAACUGGAGAAGGAAGAGUUUGUCACCCUCAAAGCUAUAGCACUUGCUAAUUCAGACUCGAUGCACAUAGAGGAUGUUGAGGCAGUGCAGAAACUUCAGGACGUCUUACAUGAGGCUCUGCAGGAUUAUGAGGCCGGGCAGCACAUGGAAGACCCGCGCCGUGCAGGCAAGAUGUUGAUGACCCUCCCACUUCUGAGGCAAACCUCCACCAAGGCUGUUCAGCAUUUCUACAACAUCAAACUGGAAGGCAAAGUCCCGAUGCACAAACUUUUUUUGGAAAUGCUGGAGGCCAAGGUCUGACUAAAGCAUCAUGGGCUGCCCCAUCAUGCACGUUUUAAAAAAAAA